CAGCUCCAGCUGCUGUGGAUUUCUUCCAGUUCUCUGCUUCCCCUCUUGGGGAAUCCCUGUGCUGGAUCACGAAGCAGAGCCCAGUGAAGCUUGAACAUCAUAGCUAUUACAUAGCUUGAAUUAAAUGGAAAUACCAUCCACUACAGCUUAGAUAGGUGUUAGUUGUGGCACUUUGCAUGGAGGAAGGAGAUUCCUACUGAGAAACCACUGAGGCCAAGAAAGGAAUUAAAGUGCUCCCCACUUUCUGACCAUUAUGCUAAUUCAUAAAGAUGGCAAAAUCUGAAAUGCAGCUACAGAAAGCUGCGUUUUGCAGAAAGUACAGGCCUCUCAUGUUUGAUGCCUUCUAUUAUGAAGAGGAAUCAAAGCCCUUCAGUUUAGGGAUCUGGCUACAGGAGUACUUUUUCUUUCUAUAUGGUGAAACACCCAUGAGAAGGAGGUGCAUGGGCAAUUGGAGUAAUAUCAUGGAGGACUAUUUAUAUGAAGAAAAUCCAUUUCAGCACUCAGAAAAGAGAAAGAGUUCAGCUUAGUGGGGAGUUAUAAGCAUCUCUACAUUUUUCCAGACUAAAAAAAAAAAAGCCAAACAUUUUCUUUACAAAGUGUUUCCAUCUCCCACUGUUGAAUAACUUUUACAGGAGAAGGCUGCUUUUCCUGGUGUAGUAGUCUGUAAUUUGGAGGUCCUAGUGUUCCGUACAAGGACUACACUGAAAUUAUUGCUGAAAGCUGAAAGCUGUAGGCUGCCAGAGUUGUAGCUCGUGCUACACCAAAACCCAAUCCCAAACUCUCAGCUGUGCCACGUAACCCCACUUCUGGAUGAGGACCGGGAUGGAUUAGGUGCACACGACUGCAGUUCCGCAGGAGCUUUGCCCCUCACUGAACAUGAGCACAAAACCUGGUUUGUCUGAGCCAUCUGCAGGCACCAGGGCUUGCUCGGGCAUCGCCGACAGCCGCCUCCCGCCGUGCGGGGGAUUCCCGGGAGCUCUGCAGCUAGAUGGAAAGGCACAGCGCCUCGUCCUCCGCAACCCCUGGCUGAGAGCCUCACCCUGCCCUGCCUCUUGGUUUUCGGCAUGGCAGUGGACUGGCUCGGCUUUGGCUACGCCGCCCUGGUGGCGUCAGGAGGGAUCAUUGGCUAUGCCAAAGCAGGCCAUUGUGAAAUGAUGGGUGUCUUUCUUGUCCUCUGGAACCGAGUUGGGAGGACAUGGUUAUGCUCAGGCAAGGGAAUUCAGGUCACAGGAUUAUUGAAGGGGAACAGAAACUCAUGUGGUAACUGCUGGAGAGAAUUAAAAAAAACAAGCAUACAGAGGAGCCAUUGUAUGCUUACUAAUAACUUGGAGAAACCAAAAGAAAACGUAACUUUCAUGAGUAGAACUAAGUUGUCUGAUCUGAUCUGUUCUUUUACAACCCGAUCUGUCUACCCAUACAGACAGGGGGCAGUAGUUGGUGCCUU